AUGUCAACUCAAAAGGCCUCCAGAAUAGGAGAAGAGAUUUGGAAAACGAGAAUCGAUAAAGUCAACGCUGAGCUAGUCACACUAACCUACGGGACUAUUGUGGCGCAAUUAUGUCAAGACUAUGAUAGUAACUACCAAGAAGUGAACAAGCAAUUGGACAAGAUGGGAUACAAUAUCGGAAUGAGGUUGAUAGAAGACUUCCUGGCCAAAUCUGGUGUGGGCCGCUGCGCAAACUUCCGAGAGACGGCUGAUAUGAUUGCAAAGGUCGGCUUCAAGAUCUUUUUGAAUGUUGCGCCGACAGUCACAAACUGGACCAGCGAUAACAAUCAAUUCUCGCUGAUUUUCGACGACAAUCCACUGGCGGAUUUUGUGGAGCUUCCCGAUGACGGGCGAGCGCAGGAUGAGCUGUGGUUCUCUAAUAUCUUAUGUGGUGUUCUGCGCGGGGCACUGGAGAUGGUUCAAAUGCAGAUCGAAGCACACUUUGUGAGCGAUGUCCUGCGAGGUGAUGAUACUACGGAGAUGCGGGUCUCGCUCGUCCGGUACAUCGAAGACGAGAUGCCCCCCGAGGACGAUUAG